AAAAAAAAAAAAAAAUUGGUCUUACGUUACGCCGCUUGCUGGUCUCCACACAACACUGCAUCGCCUCCGAGUCCCCUUUUAGCCGGACUUGACGACCAGUGUUUUUUGGUUGCUGCAGCUGCCAUGGACUCUGAGGAUUACCUGUACGACAGUGACGCUGAUGACUACCAUGACUAUUACAGCGACAAAGACUACAACAACGAGGAUGACAAGGUAGAACAAGAGGAAGAGAAAAAAAUGGAUAACAUAGCCAUCGGAGACUAUGACGGUGAGUCAAGAAGUAACAAGAAGGCAAAACAAAGUUACGUUGUAUUGAAAGAAUCUGAUAUUCAACAACGUCAAGAGAACGAGAUCGCCGAGGUAUCCAAUGUUCUUUCCAUAUCAAAAGCUGCCGCGACAGCGCUUCUACUUCAGUACAAAUGGAGUGUGUGUGACGUUCAAGAUGAGUGGUUUGCUGAUGAAGAGAGAGUUAGAAAAAAAGUAGGUUUGUUUGAAAAACCGGUUUUCUUGCUGCUCAAGAAACUUAGAAAAGUUGAACUAACUUGUUCUAUAUGUUAUGAGAAUGUCCGCGUCUCUAUGAUGGGUUGGGUUAGUUGUGGUCAUUCCUUUUGUCGGGAGUGUUGGGAGAAGUAUCUGAGUGUGGCGAUUGAGGAUGGGAUUGGAUGUUUGACAUUGAGAUGUCCUGAACCGCGCUGUAACGCUGUGGUGGGUCAUGAUUCAAUUGAUUUGCUUGCUAAAAAGGAAGAUAAGGAGAGGUAUUCACAGUAUUUGUUAAGGUCUUAUAUUGAGAGUAAUAAGAAGUAUAAGUGGUGUCCAGGGGUGGAUUGCGAGUAUGCGGUGGAGUUCUGUGAAGGAGGUGACAAAGAGUACUAUGAUGUUUGUUGCCAUUGUAGCAAUAGCUUUUGUUGGAAUUGUAUGGAUGAUGCGCAUAGGCCAGUGGAUUGUGAGACUGCGGCUAAGUGGCAAUUAAAGAAUAGUUCUGAGGCUGAGAAUACAGCAUGGAUGUUAGUCAAUACAAAGCCAUGUCCAAAGUGUGGAAAACCCAUUGAGAAGAACCAAGGGUGCAUGCACAUGACGUGCCGGAAACCUUGUGGACAUGAGUUUUGCUGGAUGUGCCUUGGAACAUGGAAAGAGCAUGGUCAAAUGACAGGUGGGUUCUAUGCUUGUAAUACAUUCCAGAAGAACAAGGUAGAGGGAAAGUAUAAUGAGGCUGAAGAUAUCAGAAAAAGAGCUAAGAAGCAUUUGGAAAAGUAUACUCAUUAUUAUGAGAGAUGGGCAGGCAACGAAUCAUCAAGGAAACAAGCUGUUAAUGAUUUAAAGCAUAUGCAAAAGGACUACAUGGGAAGACUUAGUGACCUACGAGGGGCAACUGAGGCUGAGCUUAAGUUCAUUACAGAGGCCUGGCUGCAGAUAAUUGAAUGUAGGAGAGUGCUUAAGUGGACAUACGCAUAUGGGUAUUACCUUCCUGAUGAUGGAGACAAGAAAGCAAAAUCAAAAAGGGGGUUCUUUGAGUACUUGCAAGGGGAGGCAGAGUCUAAUUUGGAAAGGCUUCAUCAUUGUUCAGAGAAGGAUAUACAUGACUACCUCAACAAAAAGUGUCCAGACGAAGAAUUCAACAAUUUCCGAGCAAAGCUAUCCGGGCUUACCACAAUGACAAGGAAUUACUUUGAGAAUCUAGUUAAGGCAUUGGAGAAUGGCCUAGAAGAUGCCAACUCUCAAGAGGCUUGCAGUUCUCAAGAGGCUUGCAGCAAGAUAAAGAGUAGGACACCAAUAAAGAGAGGAAGGACUAAGGGUAAGAGGAGACAUUAGUCAAAAAUAGCCAAUAGAAUAUGUUUCUUUGAACAAAGAAUUCCAGCCAAAAACAAUACUAAGCAAUUUUCCUAUGACUUCAGA